UUAAAUACUAGUCAGAAAAUUGAACCAUUACCCACCAAAUCAAAUUCAUUUGUUGCAGAUCAAUGUCCUUGCCCAACUUAGGCAACCGAUGAAGUUCUGUUGAAGCUGGUGAUAAACUAAGUAGCAUGAAGGUCUCAGUAGCAGGCUUUGUUGUCUUUCUCAUAUAUUUCAUUUCAUUCUUUUUCUCAAGAAGCUGUUCAGCAGGAGACACUCUUGAUGCAAAUCAAUCACUGAAAGAUGGUGAUACCAUAGUGUCUGCAGAAGGAACUUUUGAGAUGGGAUUUUUUAACCCUGGAAAAUCCCAGAAACUUUUCUUGGGAAUAUGGUACAAGAAAAUAGCUACAGGGACCGUAGUUUGGGUUGCCAACAGAGGUAUUCCUCUCAAUGAUUCAGCAGGGGUGCUCACGUUUUCCGAUAAAGGAAAUCUUGUGCUUGUCAAUGGUACAAAUAGCACCAUCUGGUCUUCCACGUUAUCAAGAUCAACAACCAAUCCUGUUGCAAGACUUUUGGAUACAGGAAAUCUUGUUGUGGCUGAUGUAAAUGACCCUAGAAACUUCUUGUGGCAGAGUUUUGACUACCCUGGUAGCACAUUUCUGGCAGGCAUGAAGGCAGGCAUAGACUUGCGCACCGGCCUGAAAAGAGACCUGACAUCCUGGAAGAGCCCAGAUGAUCCUUCUGUAGGUGAAUAUUCGAACCGGCUUCAUACUGGUGGAGUACCUCAGUUUCUUUUAUGGAAGGGUUCAGUUUUGAGGUUCAGGUCUGGUCCAUGGAAUGGUCUCAGGUUUAGUGGCAUGCCAAACUUAAAACCCAACCACAUAUACACAUUUGAAUUUGUUUUCAAUGAUGAGGAAAUAUACUACAAGUAUGAACUGAUUAACAGCUCAGUUGUUACAAGAAUGGAGUUGAAUUCUGAUGGAGCCCUGCGUCGAUAUAUAUGGAUUGAUAGAACUCAGGAAUGGAACCUGUACUUAGGAGCAUCCAUGGAUGAUUGUGACAGGUAUGCCUUGUGUGGUGCAUAUGGCAGUUGCGAUAUAAACAAUUCUCCUACAUGUGGGUGCUUGAAGGGAUUUGUGCCGAAAUUCCCUGAAGAAUGGGUUGCAGCCGAUUGGUCUAAUGGAUGUGUGCGGAAGGUCUCUUUGGAUUGCCGGGAAGGGGAAGAUUUUCUGAAAUAUAGUGGCGUUAAGCUGCCUGACACACAGCAGUCUUGGUACAACAAGACCAUGAACCUUGAAGAAUGCAAGCAGGUGUGUUUGAAGAACUGCUCAUGUACUGCAUAUGCCAGUAUGGAUAUCAGUGGAGGAGGCAGUGGAUGCAUACUUUGGUUCAAUGAGCUGAUUGACAUUAGACAGUAUAAUGAAAAUGGGCAAGACAUUUACAUAAGAUUAGCUGCCUCAGAAAUAGCUGCAUACAGAAGUUCCAUAGGCAAAGAAAGGAUGAGGAAGAUAAUCAUCCCUGUAUUAUCCUCUAUGAUAGUUUUCCUAGGUCUUUUCCUGAUCUUUAUUGUCUGGAAGAAAGGGAAGAAACGUAAGAGAAAAGGGGCUGUGGUGCUGAAUCAAGAACAAAACUUCACUGAAAAAAGAGAGACAGAUGAUUUAGAGCUACCAUUGUUUGAUUUUGUUACAUUAACUGAUGCCACUGAUUGUUUUUCAAUGAGCAAUAAGCUUAGCGAGGGUGGAUUUGGACCAGUUUAUAAGGGGAUAUUGAAAGAUGGUCAAGAAAUAGCUGUGAAGAGGCUUUCAACGACAUCAAGACAGGGCAUUGAUGAAUUCAAGAAUGAAGUUUCGUUUAUCGUUAAACUUCAGCACCGCAACCUGGUGAAGCUUCUCGGUUGCUGCAUACACGGAGAGGAAAGGUUGCUGAUCUAUGAAUAUAUGCCUAACAAAAGCUUGGACUUCUUUAUUUUUGAUCAAAACAAAAGCAGAUUAUUGGAUUGGCCAAAGCGCUUCAACAUUAUCAAUGGAAUUGCACGGGGGCUCCUUUAUCUUCAUCAAGAUUCCAGAUUAAGAAUUAUUCACAGAGAUCUAAAGGCGAGCAACAUUUUAUUAGAUAAUGAUAUGAAUCCAAAAAUUUCGGACUUUGGAUUGGCUAGAAGUUUUGGGGAAGAUGAAUCGGCAGGAAAUACAAAGAAAGUGGUUGGAACAUACGGCUAUAUGUCUCCAGAGUAUGCAAUUGAUGGACUCUUCUCUGUUAAAUCAGACGUUUUUAGCUUUGGAGUACUGGUUUUGGAGAUAGUCAGUGGGAAGAAAAACAGAGGAUUUACUCACUCUGAUCACAGGCUCAACCUUCUUGGGCAUGCUUGGAGACUGUUUAAUGAUGAUAAGUCUGAAGAAUUGAUCGAUGAAUCAGUGGACUCAUGCAAUGUAUCUGAAGUUUUGCGUUCGAUUCAUGUGGGCUUGUUAUGUGUGCAACAAAGUCCAGAACAUAGACCAAGAAUGUCAACUGUGGUUUUGAUGUUGAGCAGUGAUGUAGCACUGCCUAAGCCGAAUAAACCUGGGUUUUAUGCAGAAAGGAGUUUGAUUGAAGGAGAUUCUUCAACAGGCAAGCAAGAUGCUUCUUCAACCAAUGAAGUAACUGUUACAUUGCUGGAGCCCCGAUAAAAUACAAGCCCUGUUUCAGCCUGUGAAGUUUCAAAUAUAUGUUUUUUUGCAUAUGCUUCUCUCUCUUUUUUUUUUUUUUUUUUGGUAAGUAAUUAAUUAUAAGGUUUCACAAAUGUAAUAGAGACUCAAACCCAAAACUUCUCCCUUGAAGUUUUAUUUAAGACAACUUUCCAUGUAACUAGGCCAUGUAAUUUGAUACUCUGGAAUGACGUUAUCAGUGGCAGCAUCAACUAAACUGUAGACAAAAAGAAAAGCAGCAAGAAGUUCUUUUCGGCUGUGACAUCUAUAGAACAAUAGUGUUGAGUUACUACUCUUGGAUCAAUAUUUGAUAUGGUGUUACUUUCAAGUUGACCAUAAAUCAAUCUGUUAGAACACCAAUAUCAAUCUGGAGGGUUUACCAUAAGUGGCGUAAGAGAAAGAGCAAGGGAUCAUCACAACAGAGGGACCACAACUGGAAUUGGAGAAUUCUUCAAUAAUGAGGAGAGAUGUGGCUCAGAGAGGAGAAAUAGUCGGUUAGACAAAGGAGAUAAAGAGAGGAAAGGAGAGGAAAAAAGAGAGCAGAAAAUUUCAGAAGAAAGAGGCAAGAAUUGAGGGAGAGUUGCAGCCCUCUUGAAUUGUCCUGCUUAUUUUGCAUUUUCAGUUUAUGUAAUAUGAACCAAAUGAGCCAUUUUCAAUUCCAAGAAGCAGAACCCAACUUGUAUUGAAUCAAUAUUGUGAACUUACACAAAAAAUCAAUACCAGAGUACAUUUCCAGAAA